AAAAAAAAAAAAAUGAUUAAGCGGUGUGUGUUUUUAUUGUUAAUUUUUGGAUUAUUAAACAGACAAGUGUCAGCGGCUGGAGGAUGGCUGCUCUGUUACAAGUGUAACAGUAACCAACCAGGGUGUGGAACUCCCUUUAAUUGGUUGUGGUACUGGGGAGAGUACUGUCCAGAACCUGAUGAUGUCUGUGUUAAAGUUAUAGAACGCAAAGGAGCCGAGACAUUGAUAACUCGUGACUGCUUGAGCUCCCUCAAAGACUUCCGUACCGAUAUACCUGCCGAUCACUACGAAGGUUGUCGUCCAGCUGCCAAGGACGUUCGCCUGGGCCACUUCGUCAACAACACCAUCAAAGAGCUCGACAUUCACCGGGACUACUACGAUGAAGUCAAUUGGUGCUUCUGCUACUUCGACAAUCGGUGCAAUUCUGCAACCGGUUUGCAAGCGAAGUUUAUCAUUCCUCUAACUUUACUCACUUUAAUUUACAAAUUUAGUUAUUAAUUUUUUUUUAAUGUUUUUUACAAAUUUUUUUUAAAUUUUAGCCGUCCUUUUUAAUAGAUCUUAAAUAAUUGUAAUUAAGAACAAACAUACCGUCCAAAAUGUACAAGAAUUUUAUAUAAAUAUACAUUUAUAUAUAUUUAUA